AUGCUCCCCGCCGACACCGAUACCCAACUCCCGGUACCCAUACCUGUCGCUGCCGCAUCGUCCUCGCAAAUACCACCGGACAUUUCGAUUUCACCCGGCGGCCAAUCCUUCAAUACCCCGGCGGCUUAUCUCCCUACCAACCUCUGGUCUUCUGCUGGUAGUCCGACGUAUAGCCAGAUACUCUCGUCUUCUCUUGGCGCUUCAUCGGAGAGUGAUCCGGAUAUUAUGAAACGACCUCUCGACAACGCUAUGCAACCUCUUCUCGAAACCGGCCCCGCCGCCCCCCUCGACAACUUUUCCAAAAAGCCCCGCUACGACGGUAGCAUCGACGCUCCCGGUCCCAACCGCUUCGCGGCCACAACAGCUACCCCCAUGCAGGGGCACUUCAACCCUCACCAGAUGGGUCACCAGCAGCAAGGCAACUUUGGCCAGGCGUCGCCUGCGAUGGGCAUGAGCAUGUUGCAGCAACAAGGAGGCGCGCAGGGCAAUGGCACGCCCUUCGGAGGCAUGGGUAUGGGUUUGGGAGGAUUCGGGAUGGGUUUCCCGUUCGGAAUGGCCAACAUGGGCAUGCAAAACAACUUCCAGGGCCCCAUCGUGUCCCCUUCGAUGAACCCCAACACCAUGACUGGUAACUACGGUCCAGCUGCUGCUGCCGCUGCCGCCGCCGCCGCUGGCAAUAGCACAGGAAGGACCGUCUACGUCGGAAACCUCCCCGCUGAAGCUUCCGUCGACGAACUUCUCAACCUCGUCCGUUUCGGGCCUAUCGAAAACGUCCGCCUCCUCCCCGAGAAAUCUUGCGUCUUCAUCUCUUUCCUAGACGGCUCUACCGCCGCUGCAUUCCACGCCGACGCUUGCGUCAAAAAGCUCGCUCUCCAUGGGCAAGAGCUCAAAAUCGGAUGGGGAAAGCCCAGCGUCGUGCACGCGAAUGUUGCGGCGGCUGUGGCGCAAAGUCAGGCCACGAGGAAUGUAUUUGUGGGCAACCUGGACCCCGAGACGAAUGAGCAGGAUUUGAGAAACGAGUUGAGCAGAUUUGGGCCGAUUGAUCAGGUCAAGAUUGUCAGGGAUAAGAACAUUGGAUUCAUCCACUUUCUGAGUAUCGCGACUGCUAUCAAGGUGGUCACCACUCUGCCUACCGAGCCUAUCUGGGAAGGCAAGCGGGUCAAUUAUGGCAAGGAUCGAUGUGCAUACGUCCCCAAGGCGCAACAAGAUGCCGUCCGCCAAGCCCAAACUCAGGCCAUGAAUGCUAUCGCCGCCCAGCACCAACAAGCCACCGGCUCUCCAUUCCCCCCGUUUUCCCCAAUGUCUGCGGGCUUCAACUCUUUCCCCAAUCCCAACUCUGCCGCCGGUGGAGCCUUCCCUUCGCCCGUAUUCCCUGGUGGCGGUGCUGGCUUUUCGCCAGUGACUCCCGGGUUCGGAGACGCGAGCCAAGUCGGCAACAGGACAGUGUAUCUGGGCAACAUUGCUCCUGAUGUGACUGUCGAGGAGCUUUGUAACCAUGUGCGCGGCGGUAUGUUGCAGCACGUCAGAUAUUUCCCCGACAAGCACAUUGCUUUCAUCACAUUCGUCGACCCCUCCGCUGCUAUGCAGUUCUACCAGAACGCCCAUGCCAGCAAUCUCACCAUCCAACAACGCCGCCUAAAGAUUGGAUGGGGCAAGCCUUCUGGCCCCGUGCCCCCUGCGCUGUUACAGGCUAUCCAGGCUGGUGCUAGUAGAAAUGUGUACAUCGGGCAGAUUGCAGACUUUGAGCUGUUUACCGACGAGAAGCUGAGACAAGAUUUUGGAGAGUUUGGUGAUAUCGACAUGAUCAACUUUUUGGUUGAUAAGGGUGUUGGAUUUGUCAACUUCACUUCCAUCCAGUCUGCCCAGAAGGCCAUCGAAGGUAUCAAGCUCAAGCCUGAAUACUCUACCUUGAGAAUCUCCUUUGGCAAAGACCGAUGCGCCAACCCCCCAAGAACCAAUUUGCCCAACCGCGGCCCUGCGCCCUUUACUCCCAAGGAAGCCGACAAAUCCAUGCCUGCUGUUCAGCCCGAGGACGGUGCUUUAGAAGCAAACAUUUACGAUGACGGGGAUGCUGUUCUCAGCUACGAAUAG